AUGAGCUACUAUGAUUUAGACGAUAUUCUAACAGAAUCUAUUAAAUUUCCAUGCAAAUUUAACUCCUCCAUUGCAGGUUUGGGAUUUUUGGAAGGUAAUCCAGGUAAACCCAUCGCCAAGAAUAGUAAAAUAGAAUUACCAUUUUGGCUAAGUAAGAUCUUAGCAGAAGAAACGGGAACAGACGGAAUAGAUACCACGGGCAUACCACAAAACAGCAUAGAAGAGUUUAAGGAUUUUUAUAUCGAACUUUUACAACCACCAUUUUUCCAGCCAAGAGUCUUGAAUGCUAUUAAAGCCGGCGGAGAAACACUGGAUUUGCAUACUAUUUGUCCAUAUUUUUAUUUUAUAUUAGAAAAGUGGUCAACCAUCUAUAAUUCUGAUGAACUGGUAGAUCUUUUUAUGGAAUUACUACGGAAAAGAGGUGUCAAAAUUAGCAAUUAUGCUUCGUCAACUUCUAUGUUACAGGCAAGUGAUCAACAGCCAAGCAAAAAUUAUAUUCACAACAACUCACAGGAAUUUUUAUUAACCUUAGACGAAUUUGAGAAAAAACUGUACAAAACCACACAAUUGAGCUAUAAAAAUAUGAAUAAAUGGUUACAUAAUCGUUAA